UGAAAGUACAAAGUCCUUUUCUCUAUAUGAUAGGUAUGUACCAUUAGAAGAAAAUUAAUAGUCCAACAUGGCAGAUGUACCUAACGAAGCUCCUGAACACUGUCCUGGAACUCAGAGUGACAGUGCUGGCAAAGCAUCAUCGUGUGCAGGAUGCCCGAAUCAGUCGCUGUGCUCGUCUGGAGCAACCAAGAAACCAGAUCCUGGCAUAGCGCUUGUGAAGGAAAGGCUUUCUUCAGUACACAAUAAGCUACUAGUGCUUUCAGGCAAGGGUGGAGUAGGCAAGAGUACUAUAACAUCUUUGAUAUCCAGGUGCCUUGCGGCAAAUAAUCCUGACAGAAAUAUUGGAGUAUUGGACAUUGACAUCUGCGGACCAUCACAACCAAGAGUGCUCGGAGCACUCGGUGAACGAGUUCAUAAGAGUGGAUCCGGAUGGUCGCCUGUAUAUAUCGAGGAUAAUUUGUCAUUAAUGUCAAUUGGAUUUUUGCUCGACAGUCCAAGUGACGCAGUUAUAUGGAGAGGACCAAAGAAAAAUGAAAUGAUCAGACAAUUCUUAUCGGAAGUUGACUGGGGUAACUUAGAUUAUCUUAUACUGGAUACACCGCCUGGCACAUCGGAUGAGCAUCUGUCAGCUACGUUGUAUUUAAAAGAUACUGGCAUUACGGGUGCCAUAAUUGUGACCACGCCACCACAAGUUGCUCUUUUAGAUGUUAGGAAGGAAAUAAACUUCUGUAAAAAAGUAAACAUUCCGAUCUUGGGUGUGAUUGAGAAUAUGAGUAUUUUCGUAUGUCCUAAAUGUAAGAAUGCAGCAGAAAUAUUCCCAGCUUCCACAGGUGAUGCUCAAAUGAUGUCGAAUGAAUUAAAUGUAGAGUUUUUAGGUUCGAUACCUUUGGAUCCAUUGUUAGCCAGGUGUUGUGAUGAGGGCAGAAAUUUCUUGGCAGAAUUCCAAGAUUCACCAACCAUUAGUGCUUUAAAUAAAAUUUGCAAACGUAUCGUUCAAAAGUGUGAAGAGAAGAAAAAUUGUCUCAGUGAUUCCAUGCAGAAUACAUAA